AUGUCUAAUUCAUAUAAAAAAUCGAAAGACAGAGCUUUAAAUAUGAACGGCCGCUUACAUUUCCAUGGUUGGUAUAUGAUAACAUUAGCAAAUUGGAUUUCUGUUCUUAAGGAACAUCCUAAAUCAGAUGAACAUAAUAAUGCUAUAAAUAGAGAAAAGGAAAAAGAAGCAAGCAAUUUUUCUAGUACAGUAAAUCUUGGUAGAACACUAAAUUCUGGCCAUCAAAUUUUGGAAUCUAUAUCUUUAUCGAUAAAUGAUGAAAUUUGGGGAAAAAGAAGAGUUACAGCAAGUAACAAUUAUUAUGGUAUAUCUAAAAAUUCAGCUGAACCAAUUAUUGACUUAGAUAAUGUAUUAGUGGCACCAUAUCGUCAAGUCCCAAGGUUUACAGAAUUAACUUCUGAAGAGGUUUGUGAUAUAAUGAUAAGUGCUCAAAAAAUUGGUAAAGUCAUCGAAAAGGAGUAUAAAAGUGAUUCUUUGACUAUAGCAAUUCAAGAUGGUCCAGCAGCUGGUCAAACGGUAAAGAUAGUAAUAGAUAUCAAUAGAUUAUUAAACACGCUGCUUAAUCUUUCUUUCUCACUUAAUAAUAGGAAACCUCGUAGUUUGGAGGAAAUGGCUAAAGAAGCUGAAUAUUUAGGAAAAUUUUUUAUUGAUGAAAAUAGCAAUUAA